CGGAUGCUUUUUUCUCCGUUAUUAUAGUAACAAGAAUAGAAGUUAUUAGGUAGUAUAUAACAAUUUUUUUAUUCACCGUAACGUUGGAAAUAUGAAGAAUAUAAUUUUUAAUGGAAUAUGUAUGAUUUGUAUUACAAAUAUUUCGAUCGCUAUAAUCAGAAAUUUUAAAAAAUUUAUGUUCCUGUGUAUAUAUAUAGUGCAUAUACGCGCAAUACGAUGAAAAGUUGAUUCAUUUACAAGCAAUCAACAAUCUGACUAGCAUCAUAUGGACAUAAUAUCCUAGUUUUCGCAAAUGACCAAACGUCGGCACGGCAACUACGUUUACCCUGAGAAACAGAAAAAAAAGAAAAUGGAUACAAUAUAUAGAAACUGAAAAGAGAAAUAUCUAUCUGAAGAAGAAAGAUAUUUCAUACCAGAUGCAAUUUGGAUAAUAAAACUUAAAAGGCUGCCAUAGCUGUGAAGAAUAGAUACGAAUUGAGAUACGAAGAAAUGACAUCUUAAUACAUCAUUAAGGUAUGUUCAUCAAUGGAAUAACUGCCAAAUCUUUUUCAUUAUUUUUUAUUCCAUCCAAAUAUUCAGAAAAAGCUUGAAUUAAUGUCGAUAUGGCGGAAUCUAAAUCGCAAGUUCCAUUACCCAAAACGAUGCGGAUUUUUUUAUAAUUGAAUAACUUUGACUAUAAUAAUAUAUAAGAUAACAAGAAGAAAUAGAAAUACAUAACGGACAACAUAGUUAUUACUUUGAAUGGAUGUAUUCCGCGAUGCGGUUUAACAAGCAAGAACUAUUGACUUUGGCUACACAACCUUCGCAGAAAUUUGAGAAAGAGGGUAUAUUAUACGUGCGUGAACGUCAAGAAGGCUUCUUUCGCAGAACUGAAAGUACAGGUAGAAAAUCAAACAACAAAUGUCAAAAGGGAAAAACACAUAAGACACUACGAGACUUCAGUUGCGUUACAGCCAGUACAAGUAAAGUAAGUUUGGAGAGAUGGUGCAGGUUGCGGGGGAACUUAUUAUUUUAUUUCAAAUCGCGGGACCAAUGGUCGGAACCAUUAGGUGUGAUAAUUCUCGAACAAUGUUUUGUUCGAGUGGAGCAACCGAGCAAUCAGAUUCCAUAUGGAUUCAGUAUAGUUUUCGACGGAGGUUUAUUCCAAGCAUUAGGUGCAAACUCAGCUGAAGAAAGAGACAGUUGGUUACAAGCUCUUCAACUUGCUAGUUAUGAGUGCAUGCGAAGUCAAUUAUUAGCAUUGCAACAACGCAUAGAAGCAUUUAGUGGGCAUAAACACGAUACUGAUAUCCAUAUGUUACGCUUACAACGUGCAAUUUCAACAGAUCCUGCUGAAAUACCAAUAUGUGAAAUAUCAUUAGCAUGCGAUAAUCUUCUUUGUGAUGGUCACGGUCGACCACCUAAUCCUGUUCUAGAAAUAGAUGUACAAGUGAAGAAUUCGAAAACUUGGAUAAAAUAUGCGCGAACUGAAGUCGUAGAGCGAAGCAGCAAUCCCGGUUUCUUAACAACUGUAACCUUCCGAACAAGUGAUGGCCUAAGCACUGAAACGAAAGUAAGAAUAUCCGCGUAUGAUGUUAGGGAACGCGUAAGCCAAACAGCGACACCGAUUGGAAGCGCAAUUGUUACGUUGAAUACGAUUCAGGAUACACCUAGAUUAAGAAUACCUUUGAAGUCGGCAAAAACAACAACAGUUGGUUUCUUAACAAUUAACGUGUGGAAUUUAGAGGCAGAAGAUAGAGGAAAUAGCACAGAGAGUACUCCAUCGAAAGAAGCUUCUUCUGGAGGCAAUCACCAGAUACUUUCACACAGACGAUCCCAAUCAUUACCACCAAGAUUAGGAACGAAAAUCAAAUUACCACAUCAAGGACAGCUUAAGCUUCUUUUUGCCAAUCCAUAUAUACAAACAUACAGAUUUCACUCUGGUUUAGGUGGAGAUAUUUGUGUACAUGAAAUUAUGGCAGAAAGUAAACUUUGUUUCCAAUUCCCACAACAUUUACUUGCAAUUUGGAUUCAAGAAGAAAAAGAGCUAUUGCAAGAAGUGGCCGGUAUGGGCGAAUUGCGAGAACCUUGGCAUACAAAGCAAGUAGAAUUGCUCGAUCGUCAUCUUCAUCUUUUACACCUUUAUUCUCAAGCUAAAGAAAAUUUAGCUGCAUUUAAAGGAAGUUAUUUCAAACGAUCAUCACGUAGGAAUGAUAGAACCCUUGAAUUUGCGCCUGUUAACUUACAUCUUCAAAGAAUGUGGGUGCAUAAUGAUACUCUAAACAGAUGUGGAUUUUACGAUUUUAUUACUGUCGGAGCAUUUACCGCACAUUCGCAUAAAAGUAAAAAUGGUGGACUCAUUAGGUUGUUACAAGCUUUAAAAGAAUCGCCAACACGUAACAAUCACUUGUACCAAGGAACCUCAAAAAUAAUUAUGGCACACGAUGCCAUUCAGGCGAUUAAGCAACUUAGACGAGAUGUUGUCGAUGCGAUGCGUGCUUUAAUGAAACUUGCAAAAGACAAACAAACCAGUGGAAUGUUACCAAUUUGCGAAGAUAUGAUUACAAAAACUAGAAUUUUGCUUAGUCUUUGGGAUCCUGGAUUGGUCGAGGAAGCAUUAACCUUUUUAGAGGAAUAUAAAGUAGCUAAGGUUCACGAAACAUCGAAUGAAAAUUCUCUCAAUUUAGAUUUUAAAACAAAUCAAUCGUUAUCUCCUUUCAAAAGGAUUACACAACAAUUGAAUUUUGAUUUAAAAAGUCCGGAUUUUGAUGAUUUUGUUACGCCUGAUACGCCAGAAUGCAUGAAAGAUUUAUGGAUAAAAGAAACCGAUAAAAAUGGUUAUACGGCUUCGUUUAACGAACAUGUUCACGUAAAUCAUCAUAUUAAUACUAAUCAAGAUAAUGUCGAAAGGAACGAAGAAAAUUUUGUUAUUUUUCCUGAUGUUGAAAAUGAUAGUAAGAAUUCUGAAAUUGAAGAAAAUUGCAUGGAAACUAAUCAAAAUGUUGACGAUGGGAACAAUCCUGUUAAUGAAACUAUUGCUAAUAUCAAAUCUGAGAGUAAUGAGGAAAAAGAGGAGGAAAUUAAAAUUGACAUUGAUCCAUGCAAACGGUUUUUAGAUACUCAAAAAAUGUGCAAUUCACCUUCUGCUAAUUAUUAUAAGCCUACUGACGAACCUGAGCCCUGGGAUCUAACUCAAUUAAAUAUUGAAGCAAGCGUAAUGUGUUUAGUAUCGAAAGUGAAAUUUCUUUGUGGAAGGUGCAGUAGUCCUGCAGUACGAUUGCGAAAUAAAAAUGUUGUUGGAAGAUCACAUAGUCUAAAAGGAUGUAUUCCAAAUAAUCGUAAUAAAAAUGCCCAAGUUGUAACAAUUCAACCAAAAAAUGAUAUUAAAAACGACGAAUCGAGUAAAUUGCUUGAAAGCGUGGAAAAUAGUUCAAAUUUUCGACAACAAUUGAGUCCAGGUUCGGAAAUGACGAUGCCAGCUUUUUCUAAAGCUAAAGAAGUGUGUCAAGCUGUCGAUUCGAUGACGAGAGUGAUUAAAUGCAAUUCGGGACAAAGGAAUAAAUUCACCGAAGGUCUAGAUUUUGCCUCGAUCGUCGAUUGGACAAGUGAGCUAAGACCAAGUAUGAAAAAACUACGACAAGCUAUGGAUGGUUUGCUGAAAACUGCUCGAUUGACUCAUUCGGUAUUCAGAGUGCAAGAAGAUCCGAAAGCAGCUCAACGUGCUUGCAAUGUUCGUUAUAGACGAGAUGUCUGUUUCAGUCAAGCAUUGACUAGUCUAGUAUCGGGAUUGAUGGCGAAACUUUGGUGUCAAAGACCUGAUCCUAUGUUUCUUUUAAUCUUAACCACUCUUGGUCCUCUGGUUUCAUUUGAAGGUCUUCUCAGUUAUUAUGGAGAUGAAAUAGAUAUGUGGGGAGAUAUGACUAUAGCGAUAGAAGAUAUGCAUACAGUAACUUUUACGUUGACUAGAUGUGGCAUCGAACCAAGGCUUGAAAGAAACAGUAAUACUCCAUUUCAACAACCAUUACCAAAAGUUCUUGGUUCUCGAGCAGCUUUAACAGUGAUACUUCCAGUCCCAGAUGCGAUUUAUUCUCUUCUUCCACUAGUCCCUUCUUCUAGACAAACAAUUUCCUUCAAUGUUACUCCCGUUUUUUUUAAUGUUGGUAUUAAUGAAAUGGCUUCCUUGGCAGAAAGUCUCGGAACCACAAAACCGCAAGAAAAAAGCAAUAUGGAUAAUUUUGAAAGACUAAAUGAGUAUUAUUUACGAUUCAAAAAACUUAAUUUGCCGACAGAGACAUCGUCAACACGACUUGGUGCAAGAUCACCGCUUGGUCAAACUUUAAUAGAACUGAUGACCAAUUUAAAAGCAAGUGUUCAAGCCAAAGUAAAUAAGAACGUUGAAAUCUUACAAUUAUCCUCUCAAAUUUGUCGGAGAAUGCGCGGUUUGAGAUUUACUAGCUGCAAAAGUGCAAAAGAUCGCACUGGAAUGUCUGUUACGUUGGAGCAAGUGAACAUUUUAACCGCCGAGUAUCAUCUAGCCGAGCACGAAUACAUAAGAGCGCUCGACUGUAUGCGAAGGUUAAUUUUUAUAAAAAAUAAUGUGUAUAUAUGCCUGCGCGCAUGUGUGAUCUAUGUGUUAUGUAUAAUAUAUACAGUUAAUAUAAUUGUUUUGAAAAUAUAUUCAAAUAGUACGAAGGGUGUCGGCGAGAGAAUACAUGGAAAAAUAUUGGAAUUCGGAAAUACGCGUUUAAUAGUUUGCAAAUACUGACAUUUCCGAAAUUGUAUCGUCCACCAACAGGAACUUAUGGAUCGGCGCAAACUUAAAAAAAAGGUUUAAAUAGUAAAAAAUACUUGAUUUUUCCAGAAUGUAUAUGAUAACAGUAUGGCAUGAAUCCAUUCGAAUGAAAAACAAAAAAAUGGAUUAAAUUAGAUCGAACUUUACUUGUACAAAUUAUGCAUAUAUAUACAUAUAUGUAGUUUUUAUUCUCUUAGACUCGAUAAGACACGAGUCAAAUCGUUAUGAAAUCAAAAAUUCUAUUUGUUUGGUAUAAUGUAUACAUGCACAUGUUAUGUGUGCUUGAUCGAUUUAUCAUGGAAACGAAAGCGAGUGCCAUUUUAUUUAGUCUAUCACGUGUUAGUAACAAAGAUUGUAAAAUUUUUAAAUGACAUAUUUUUAUUAUUUCUGUAUAUAGUACUUUACUUUAGAUAAAGAUAUAGAAAAUGUAA